GACUUUCGUCAACUCACAAUCACGAGUCACAAACUUUCACUUUGGUUUUUCUUCCGUUUCUUGUCAAAGUUGGGACAUAGCCGGACACAUCACUUUUGAUCCCAGAUGAGUAUAAAAGGUUGAUUAGGUUAGCCGUUUUCAAGACACUCGUCAAUGCGGAUCGAAAGUUGAUUUGUCACGCUAAAAAUUGUAUGCAGACCUAAAGGAUGAUGUCGUUUCAAAAUUCCGUUUUUCCAGUUACUCUGGCCACUUGUUUCAGUGUUUUGUUGCAGGCGGAAGCCAAGCCGUAUGGUGGAAUGAUGCCAUCAGCUCCCAUAGUUGACGCUUCGCCCUGGAUGCCUAUUGCUCAACCCAGUUACUAUUCCGGCGGCUACAACUCUUACCAACCUUCUUAUGGAACCCGGGUUGCGCCUCUACAAACAAAAUCUCGUGCUUAUUCGCCAACUGCUCCCAAACCUGAAGCUCCUGCAAGUCAAUGGGUUCAGCCAAAUCCUGCCGCUCCUGCCGCCAGCCCGUGGUUUCAGCCUCCGCAAAUAUCUGAAGCUCCUGCUCCUGCAAGUCAAUGGGUUCAACCAAAUCCCACAACGCCAGAAGCUCCUGCCACCAGCCCGUGGGUUCAGCCAGCUGCCCAAAAUUCUGAAGCUCCUGCCGUCAGCCAAUGGGAACAACCAAAUCCGACAAUACCUGAAGUUCCUGCCGCCAUUCCGUCAGCUUCUCAACAGUGGGCUCCAGCUGGUGCAGCUCCAGUAGUUCCUUUUUGGAUGAGUACUCCUAAUAGUUCUCCCAUGUCUCCACCACCACCUGUUGCUGACCCAACAGUUGACGUUCCAGCAAUCACUUCUCCGCAACCGGAAAACACACCGGUUCUUCCGGAAUCACCUCCGCCUGCAGUGCAGCCGGAAAAUGGUGAUGCUAAUGUAAUUUUUAACUCAGUUCAAGUAUCAGUCCCCGCAGUACAAGGUUCGGGACAAGACAACUGGCCCGAAACUCCACGAAUGGUACCGGAGGCAGACAAUCUACCCGCUUUACCACCAGCCACAUUCGGUCAAUUUGCUGUUCAGCCAGCCCGCUAAACACAACUUUUAUAAGUUUGUAUCUAAAUAACCUUUUAUUAUGACUGUAAAUAAAUUGCGAUUCAUAAAUGC